CGAGUGGCCGUACUUCAGGGUGAGUUUUGUGCAAUAAACAUCUAGCUAGCAAUCCGUGCCAACCAAAUGGCCGGUAUAUCGAGGUGGCCGUACAUCAGAGAGCCGGAAUACUCUACUGUACACGUGGCUCGCAGAAUAGGCGUGUUUUAAAUUGCUGAAAGAGAUGAUGUCUCAAGGAAACACAACUUUCUUAUUUUGAGGAGUUACUCGGCAAAAAGCCUCGUUUCAAGGCCUCAGUCACUGCAGAUGCAAUAUAAAAGCAUCACAUGCCACCACUUUGUUUCCAAUCCCUCCUUUUGUGUCUAACUGGCGCGUGCGCGUCUAUAUUUCCACAGCAACGCACUCUACGCGAAUAAGUGAUAAGCGCCUAUUAGUGGUAUGUUUUAUUCUCCCGUGCAGACUCUGGACAUCUUCCAUCCCUCAACAACUCUGAAGUGGGAGGAAUGUCCCUCUCUACCAGUGGGGAUGAGCGAUGCCUCUUCAGUGUAUCUGAAUAGAACACUCUAUGUUGGAGGUGGAUUUACUGAUGAACCCGGUUCGAAGGCGGAAUCUGCACUGUACUCAUUUAAACUUGGAGUUGACAGCACAUGGACAGUGACAGACACACCCACCUAUUGGUAUACCCUUGUCGCCCAUGACUCUGAACUGCUGCUAGUGGGUGGGAGAGAGUGUUCUACGGACGAGAUAACAAACGAAGUGUUCACGAUGAGGGAUGGACAGUUUGUUAAAGUAUUGCCUUCUAUGAAGGAGAAACGAACUUCACCAUCUGCUGUCAGUAGUGGGUCUGCACUAGUUGUGGCUGGAGGGUAUGGUACCUCAGAAAAUCUCUCUUCUGUGGAAGUGCUCAAAGAUGGCCAGUGGACGACUGCACCCUCCCUACCAAGUGCAGGGUUUAGCAUGAAAUCUGCUCUCCAUGGUGGCCAGUGGUACCUGAUCCAGCAAGAAGGGAAAGUAUUUCAUGCAACACUACAAUCACUCGUCUCUAGUAUCGACAAAUUACCGUGGGAGUCGCUACCUGAUGCUCCAAAUGAGGGUUUAGCUGCUGCCUUCUUUGGUGGCCAUCUCUUGUCCAUUGGAGCAGGGGAUAAUCGUAACCAAGUAACAGCUAUCCAUGCCUUCUCCUCCAUCUUCCAGUCCUGGGAACAUGUUUCAGAGGAUUCUGACCUACUUGUACAACUGGUUAACCCGACAGCCAUUGUCUUAUCAAGCGAUCAACUAAUUUUGAUCAAUCAGAAUGAAGUAUUCCAUGGACAACUUAUUGUGAAUCCCUUUGAUGUCGACAGUCAGUUCACUGUAAGAGAUAUAGAUUGCCUCAAACCCUCAGCAGGAAUAUCUCUGAUAGAGGAGCUUGUACAGCACACGCCCACUGCCUUCCCAGUUGUUGCUGGUGUGAAUGUUCGUGCAAUGUACAACCUCAUCUUGAGAGAGUGGGAAUCAGGGCGUGGAUCACGCCCACCCACAUGGACAGAGCUUUUCAGAGCUCUCGAGGAGAUGGGCUUGAGUGAGCUGGCUGGUCGGAUGGAGAAGUAUUUGAGAGGAUUGGUUCCUGAGGACCGACCGCGACCACCCCCUGAUGAAGAAGACGGGACACCAGAGCAAAAUAAAAAAAUCAGCAUUCUGGCAGAAAAUACUCUACUGAAGGAGACAAACCAGCACCUUGAAGAACAGCUUGCUCGUUUGAAAUCGGCGGAAGAGCAAUUGGGCCCAGUCAAGAAGGAACGAUCAUCCGACAAAGUAAAAUGUGAAGAACCAGUCUCACAGCUACCACCUUUGGGACUGUCUACUACACAGCACCAUGCAAUACCAUUCAACCUCCCUGGUGUUGAAGUUGUGGCCAACACUUUUGUGAUCGUCACCAACUCACCCCAAACCUUCCACUGGGAUGGCUAUGGGUUCAGCCUCCACGUACCACAGGGGUCCCUGCCAGCUGGUGUUGACCAGUGUCGACUAGACAUCAAGGCCAGUGUAGCUGGACAGUACCAGUUUCCUGACAAUCUCCAGUUAGUCAGCAGUGUCUUCUGGAUGCGUCCUCAUCCCUCGGGUCGAUUUCAACAGCAGCUGACAGUCGAGAUACAGCACUGUGCCAAGAUGACCAGCUCGAUAUCCACAAAGCUCUCAUUUGUGAGAGCACAUUGCUCCCAGGAGUGUCUCCCCUACACAUUCAAGCAACUCGAAGGGCGUGGCUCGUUCACUGAGCACAGCUCGUACGGUUGUUUGAGUGUGAAUCAUUUCAGUUCAUAUGCAAUAGCUGCGGAGGGUGAUGUUGAUCUACAGUAUGUCGCUAGUCUAUACUACCUGAAGGCUGACCCUCGGUCUGUUGAGAUUCAUUUCACAGUCAAUGUUGAUGAUGAAGUACAUAAUGCUGAAACACGGAAACACUUUGACAUGCUGGGGGCGAAAGAGAAGCUGAGUUUGGGAGUGGAGUUUGAUACAGAGUUUGAUAACUCAACUAUUUCACUGGAUGUUCCAUUAUCCAGCGGUAUUGAUAUCAAUGAAUGGAGUCUACUACCACUUGUUACACCAAAGAUAUCGAAGAAAAGAGUCGACUCAUUCAAGCCAGGGAGAAAAGUUCCAUCCACAAUAUUGCUAGCAAUACUCUCUGAGAGUAGUUGGAACCGCAAGGUACCAAGACGCUCACACCUAAUAACAUUGAAAGGAACAAAGGACCCAGAUAAUCAAAUAAGGAUAGUGUUGGACCCAGUGGAUCCAAAAGAAGGCCUCGUGCGUCUUUCUCAAGUGAUCAACUCCAUGAGUGUAGUGGCAGUCUCAAAUCCCCCAGGCUCCCAGGUUGGACAACCCAUUGGUGCAUCUGAACAAUCUUCUAUCACAGUUGCUGAAAUUGUGAGACAUGUGGGCAUUAGUGAGGAGGACCUUGAUCGAGAAUGUUCCAAUGAACAAUUGCAAAAAAUCGGUACUUUCCUACCAUAUUGGCCCAAGUUUGCUGAGGCCCUACUCCUGACAAAUGCACAAAUUACAGGAAUUCAGAACAAUCCCAACAUCGACUACGAAAUGAAGGCAGAGAAAGUGCUAGAAUUAUGGCAUAGGAGAGACAUCUUCAAAGCAACUUAUCGUCGUCUCGUUGAAAUCUGUCUCCUAAGAUUCAAGGAUGGUGAAUCAGUAGAGAAGAUAUGCUUACUGGUGAAAGCUAACAGAGUGUGAGAAACAACUACAGCAAAGCAAAUUAAGUUGAAACAAUUUUUUACAUAGUGU